UCCGUUGAGGGCGGGGCUCUGCGGGGCCAGAGCUUGGGGUUGGUUAGCAGAGGGUGGCGGGAGGCUCUGAACUCCGCCCCCUCUGACGUGGCCAAUCAGCGGUCGGGUGUCAAGUGAAGCUGGCCUGGGGGAGCAGCGGGUCACCAGUGCUGUCUGUUGGUGACUGUCGAGACGGGAGUAUUAGUGUCUCCAGAUAUUUUGAGCAUCACAACCCAUCCAUCCUCGCCGCAGGCUACUGCCCCCCGCCUCAGCCACGCCUCUCACGCCACAUCGCGAAAAGUUCACGUCUCUGACUACGAUUCCAAGGAACUGAAGACAAUGCAGCCCUUCCGUGGAUCCCCUAGGAUGGUGACAGGCCUGGGAGACGGCAUGGCUCUCCUUGGAGGACAUCCAGCACCAGUCAGUCCCCCCUGCAGCCCCCAAACUCCCAGCGUUACACCCCCGUCGCCCACACCCAGCACGCCUCCAUCCCCCAUGCCGGCAUCGUCUGACAACAACACCGGUGUCAAGAAGGAACUGCAAUCAGACAGCCAAGCAGCCCGUCUUUCCCCCGCACCACCAGCAGACACCCUCUCCAGCACAGAGUUGCCUCAGCAGUCCCUUUCAGCGGUUCAGAUGAAGGACGGAUCGUCAUGUCCCUCAGCACAGUCCGUGACGGAUCCCAGGCGCUAUAGGACAGCCUUCACCAGGGAACAGAUUGGGCGCUUAGAAAAAGAAUUCCUGAAAGAGAAUUACAUCAGCCGACCGCGGCGAUGUGAGCUAGCGAGGGAACUGAGCCUUCCCGAAGCCACUAUUAAGGUGUGGUUCCAGAAUCGCCGAAUGAAGGACAAGCGGCAGCGCCUGGCACUUGCUUGGCCCUAUGCUGAUCCCGCCCUGGCCGCCUACCUGCUGCACGCCGCCGCCGCCACCGGAGCCUAUCCGCCCUACUUGCCGCCGACGCUAGGGCACACCGCUCCCUGGGCCGCCGCGGCGGCCGCCCAAUUGGCAACACCUGCUUUCAGUCCCCCAAGCCACCAGUCGUCUGUUGGCCGCUUCGCGCCCUAUCCACGUCUUCACCCACCCAUCCUCUCGCCGCCCUACACAAGGCCGUCAGAAAUUCCAGUCCUUGGGCCUCCUCUCGCCAUCAGCCACUUGUCAUCUUGUCCCGUCCGCGACUCCGUCAAAGUUGGGGGUGACGGAUGCUUCUGUGGCUUCCUUUAUCCUGAGCUAACACACGCCCUGACGCCCUCACUGGUCGGGUCCACCGCAUCUCCUUGUACUGCCAGCAACCCCGCCCCCGUCCAGCUCCGAAAUGAUGCCUCGGGUCACCACAGUCCUGUUGGGCGUCCGGCAGCACCUUCAGCCAGGGAAGCCCUCGGGUCAUCAUCUCAAAAGACCCCACGCGGUCUUUUCCAACCAUAUCGUGAUGACCUCGUCUCUUGAGGUCACAUGGAAGAACUUACUGUGAUUACUCUGUUAAGAUGAUCAGUGGUGUGACUUCCUCCACGCUGGAGGUGGCCUUCCACAUGACCACUGCCCCGCGGCACAGCGUCGCCCCGCACUUUGGGGAUCGCGGACCCGCAUGGACCAUCAUGGUACUGUGUUACUCAUGUACAGAUAAUGUUAAUAAAUAUAUUUUCAAUCA